AUGCCCAGCACCAUGGAGACCCUCCCCAAGAGCCUGGACAGGAGUGAAAAGUCCCCUGAAUCCAAGGAUUUGAUCACUAGCCACACAGCCAGCACGCUGUGCAUCAGCUCCAGGAGCGAGUCCGUCUGGACCAACACGCCCAGGAACAAGUGGGAGAUCUACCACAAGCCCAUCGUGGUGGUGUCUGUGGGAGGCGCCAUCUUUCUCUUUGGAGUGGUGGUCACCAGCCUGUCCUGUUUCAUAACAACCAAUAAGGCUGUUUACAAAAUGUGCGGCCCGGCUUUCCUGUCCCUGGGGCUGAUGCUGCUGGUUUGUGGCUUCGUCUGGAUCCCCGUCAUCCGGAAGAAGCAGCGGCAGAGGCAGAAGUCACACUUCUUUCAGAACAUCAAGUCAUUCUUCUUUAACCGCUGA